GACCUUUCGACUUGACCAUUUAUAAGACCUCGACGGUCUUCUCGUCUUCAACUCUUUCUCUCCUUUUACUACCACCACCUCACUAUGUCUCACGCAGAAGACGAUUUACGAAUUAACGGCGCGCCGGAGGAAGAGGAAGAGCAGGACGACGAGUACGAGAAGCCACCGAAGAAAGAUAAGAGGAGAGCCUACAAUGAAGAAGAGGAAGAGGAAGAAGAAGAGGACGAGGAGGACGAGGAAGAAGAGGAAGAGGAGGAAGAGGACGCUGGUGCAGCGCGCGGGAAGAAACGGCAACGGAGGCAUAAACGUCCUGCAGUCAAUCGUUUCCUCGAUGUCGAAGCCGAGGUAGACGAGGACGAAGAGGAAGAAGAGGAAGACGAGGAAUAUGCCAAAGACGGUUUCAUCGCCGGUGCUGAGGGCGACGAAGAGGAAGUCGAGGUUCAUCGACGGGCAGCGGAUCAUGCACGACUAGACAGGAGGAGAGAAGAACUCAACGAACAAGAUCUGGCUCAAAUUGCUGCCGACGUCAGCGAACGGUACCGUCGAACUGCGGUUCGCUACUCAGGCGACAUGAACGAAAUUCCUCAACGGUUGCUCAUGCCGUCCGUGCAUGAUGCAAAUUUGUGGCAGGUACGGGUAAAGCCCGGUAAAGAGCGUGACCUAGUCUUCAGUCUCAUGCGAAAGGCUAUUGACCGGGAAUUCUCCAAUCGUCCCUUGCAAAUCCUGUCGGCCUUCCAGCGUGAUUCACUUUCGGGCAUGAUUUACGUCGAGGCUCGUAGUGCAAAGCAAGUGAGCGAUGCAUGUGCCGGUCUCGUUGGAAUCUAUCCUAGUCGCGGCAUCAUUCUCGUUCCAAUCGAGGAAAUGGCUAGCUUGUUGCAGAUCAAGAAGCAGGACGUUACUGUUACACCCGGCAGUUGGGUGCGCAUCAAACGGCCUCCAAAAUACCAAGGCGAUUUAGCCCAGGUCAUGGACAUAACUGAAAAUGGCGAAGAAGUUGGCUUGAAGUUCAUUCCUCGUAUCGAUCUCAAUCCGAAGGACGAGGCAACGGUGGACGGCAAGAAGCGGAAGAAACCCGCUGGACAAACGUCCUUUUCAAUGCGUCCACCGCAGCGCUUCUUCAACUACGAAGAAGUUGUCAAAGUAUAUGGCCGAAAAGCUGUGUCGAAGCGGAAUCAAGUUUAUGUUUUCCAAAAUGACACUUAUAAAGACGGCUUCAUCGAGAAGGAUCUCCGUUUGACUGCACUACAAUUGGAAAACGUCAACCCUACGCUGGAUGAAAUCACACAAUUCACUCGUGGUCAGGACGGCACCGAAGGCGACGUUAACGUCGACUUAUCCAUCAUCGCCGAAGCGUCAAGAAAAGCGGCAAUUCAAGUACUUCAACCCGGUGAUCAUAUCGAGGUGUUCGAGGGCGAACAAUCAGGUGUACAUGGUACUGUACACUCGAUUGAGCAAGAUGUCGUCACCAUCCAACCUGUAGGAGUGGAAUUCGAUGGCCAGCGAAUACAACUUCCAGCUCGCAGUGUGCGCAAGCGAUUCAAGCCCGGUGACCAUGUCAAGGUCAUGGCUGGACAGAACGCGGACGAAACUGGCCUGGUUGUUUCAGUUAUGGACAAUGUUGUGACAUUCUUGUCCGAUAUGUCCAUGCAAGAAGUGUCUGUCUUCUCGAAAGACUUGCGCGAGGCUGCAGAAGUCGGCACAGGCACGAAUGUUGUCGGCAACUUCGAGCUGCACGAUUUGGUUCAACUUGACCUUCAAACUGUAGGGGUCAUUUACAAGACGGAGCGUGAUUCAUUCCGUGUACUAGAUCAGAACGGUCAAGUACGGCUUGUCAAGCCUCACCAGAUCUCAAUGCGUCGAGACUCGCAUCGUGCUAUUGCGACGGACUCGGAAGGCCAUGAACUUCGGGCAGGGGACAAUGUCAAGGAAAUUGAUGGCGAGGGCAGGAAAGGCCGAGUCCUUCAUACACAUCAGUCGUUCUUCGCGUUCCUCCACAAUCGCGACUACCCUGAGAAUGGUGGCGUGUUCGUCACACGUGCGCGCUCUCUCGCGUCUCUUGCACCCAAAGGUAGCAACUUGCUCAAGCUUGGCGGUACUGACUUGUCGAAGAUGAAUCCGUUGAUGAAUGCACCCGCCGGCGGUAUGGUCGGUUCAGCCAUGGGUCGAGGACCUCGGGAUCGAGACAUUGGCUGUUCAGUGGUUGUCGUUAAAGGACCUCAGAAGGGCUAUGUCGGCACCAUUAAGGAUACAAAUGGUUCCAUUGCACGGGUAGAACUGCUCACUGGUAACAAGAUCAUUUCAAUUGACAAGUCUAAAUUGAUGAGGCGCAACCCUGAUGGGACCAAGGAAGCUCUUGAUAUGCCGUUCCGAAGCGGUUCUCGCUUUGGUCGUCCGCCUGGUAUCGGCGGAUUUCCCACUUCAGGAAAUAUGUCGCCUAGAUGGGGAGCAGCUACCUCUCGCACACCAAAUCCCUAUACCCCUGGUGAUGGAAAAACGCCUGCAUGGGGACGAACGCCGAACCCUUAUUCCGCAGACAGUGGUGGGAAGACACCCUGGAGUGCUAGGACACCCAAUCCGUACGCAGACGGCGGGAAGACUCCAGGACAGUCAGCUUGGAGCGCUUCCUCACGCACCCCAAAUCCCUAUGCAGGUGGUGGUGUAAGUACUGGAGGGUGGGGUGGCGCCACUCCCGGAAGACCUCCUGCUCCUUCUUGGGGAGGCGCCUCAGGAGGCGCCACACCAGGCAGGACAUGGCCAGGCGAUAGCGCUUGGGGAGGUUCUCCUGGACGCAGUUGGGCAGAUGAUCCGACAAAUGCUUGGGGAGAUGCUGCUGCUAGCGCACCUACUCCAGGCGCUUGGACCGCUCCAACUCCUGCUGCUUGGGGUGCACCAACUCCUGCUGCUCUUAGUGCCCCGACACCUGCCCCAUUAUCUGCGCCCACGCCUGCGCCAAAUUCCGCUUGGGGUCGCGACUCUAAUUCCUUCGGACAUAACGAUGAUGAUGGUCCGCCUGAGAAGUGGUUACUCCAUCGUGACGUUGCGAAUACGAAGGGAAUCCUCGUCAAAAUCCGGAGUGCCUCUGGAUCGAAGUGGCAAAAUGGACUAUACGACGGUACUCAGUGUAUCGUUCUCGCUGUCCUGAAUACCUUCAAUGACGACUUCGAUUCAACUGCUCGGAUCAAGUUCCUGCAACCGUCUGACGAGCUGACCAAAUUGCAGCCAUCUAUCCCUGUACAGUAUUUGGGGCCAGUAGAACCUGAUAGAGUGGGGGACAAGGUUGUCAUUAUUCAUAAUCCGACCCGCAUCGGUCAACAAGGAGUCGUCCGGGAUAUCGACGGUGACAGGGCCACCAUAUCCAUUGAUGGUACGCAUGUUAUGGAUGAAAUACGACGGGACUGCCUGUCAAAGAUAGUUCCUACGGACGAUUGAGCGUUCUUUGCAUUUCAUUUCCCCCAUUAGCUUUCGGUGUAUUCAUCCGGAUUGUAGUUCUAUUGCCUAAUUCAUGCGGUGCAUCUUUGAACUUUGACGUGCUUGGCGCUGGGUAGUUUGAUAUCCUCGAGGCUUGGUCGAGGCUGCAGCUUGAUCGUGAUCACGGAACUUCGACAACACUGUAUGCUUUCGAGCCAUAAUUCCGGCAGCUGUUCGCCGGCAUUGCUAUGGCCGUCUCAUGUAAGAGAACCUUGUCUAGGGCCGUAGUCCACGUACUUCGGGCCAAUCUUGCUGGUAUGCAUGCUCAGCCGACAAUGCACGGUAACAAAGACUUCCAUAAUGUACACGAAUUUGCACAUGUUAAAUGGCGCCAUACGGGGUCUGUCUUCGACGAAUGAAUUUCACCUCGGCUUUGUGAUUCUUUCUACAUUGGUUUGAGGGAAUGGCGCAAAGAGAUCGGCUGAUAGCCUUCACAUUAGCAAGCGUAGUCACACGAAGUCAUGUUGAUUUGUCGCAAUUAUGAAGACUCAGGCGGAGAAGGUCAUAGGACAUUACAUGAAACAUUAUAUGCGAGCCAGAGUCUACUUGAGCAUAUGUCAUAUGUUGAGGGACGGUCAGAAGAAUAAGGUAGAAAAAUUAGGUAUUUGGCUGUGCGAUCAUUGGUUAGAAUGGACGCGAGAGACAAUG